AUGUACAUUUCAAAAUCUUCUACAUUUGUAUUACUCGUUAGCUCUCUCUGCCUCGCAGUACUGCCGGUAAAGUCAUCUAGUGGUUGUGGUUAUGAUGCAUGCAAUUUAGGUGAUCCAAAAAAGCUCAAUGUUCAUAUUGUCCCACACACACAUGACGAUGUUGGAUGGUUGAAAACAGUUGAUCAGUAUUAUUACGGAGCUCGUAAUAAUAUUCAACAUGCCGGUGUACAGUAUAUUCUCGAUUCUGUUAUACAUUCGCUUGAAGAAAAUCCUGAUCGACGUUUUAUUUAUGUUGAAAUAGCCUUCUUUUGGCGUUGGUGGAAUCAGCAAACUAAUGACACACGUAAUAAAGUCAAAAAUUUUGUUAAUCAAGGCCGUUUGGAAUUUAUUUCCGGUGGUUGGUGUAUGAACGAUGAAGCAUCGACACAUUAUAAUUCAAUUAUUGAUCAACAUAGUUUAGGAGCGGAAUUUUUGCGUGAUCAAUUCGGUGAAUGUGCUCGGCCGAAAAUCGGUUGGCAAAUUGAUCCAUUUGGUCAUUCACGUGAACAAGCGUCGCUUUUUGCUCAGAUGGGCUUUGAUGGUUUGUUUUUUGGCCGUGCCGAUUAUCAAGAUAUUGACAAACGUACUGAAACAAAGACAAGGGAGUUAAUCUGGAAAGCUAGUGCUAAUUUAGAUCGACGAAGUUGGCUAUUUACGGGUGUUCUACCAAAUGGAUAUAGUCCUCCGGGUUCGUUCUGUUAUGAUAUAUUUUGUGGUGAUCCACCCAUUAUGGAUGAUCCUCGAUUACACGAUUAUAAUGUUCCGGAACGUGUUGAAACAUUCAUCAAAGCUGCUCACGAUGAAGCAAGUAGUUAUGCCACGAAUCAUAUCAUUAUGACCAUGGGCAGUGAUUUUCAAUAUGAAAAUGCAAACCAAUGGUAUAAAAAUUUAGAUAAACUAAUGAAAUAUGUGAAUGCACAACAAACAAAUGGAAGUGAUGUGAAUGUAUUCUAUUCCACGCCAUCAUGUUAUUUAUAUGCUUUGAACAAAGUUGGCCGUGCUUGGACAUCGAAAACUGAUGAUUUUUUCCCGUAUGCUCAUCAUCCACAUGGAUUUUGGACAGGCUAUUUCACAUCACGGCCAGCUCUGAAACGUUAUGAACGUCUUUCAAAUAAUAUUUUGCAAGUCACUCGACAAUUGAAUGCGUUUUCUAAAGCAAAUUUACGAAGCAGUAUUUUUCCUUUGAACGAAGCUAUGGGUAUUGCACAACAUCAUGAUGCAGUAAGUGGAACUGAAAAACAAGAAGUUGCUUUUGAUUAUGCCAUGCGAUUAUCUCAAGGCAUUGAUGCUGCAGUUGAUGUGAUCAAUAAAGCUUAUGAUAAAAUUUUACCGCUUGAUAGUCAAACUCCACCAAGUGGCCCUCAAUUUCUCUGUCAAUUAGUCAAUAUUAGUGAAUGUUUACCUAUCGAAGGGCAAGAACGAUUCACUUUGAUACUUUGGAAUCCAACUGUACAUACGAUUUCGCAUCAUGUUCGUGUUCCUGUAACGAAAGAUUAUACAGUACGUGAUCCAACAGGACAUGUAAUCGUAGCUGAGAUGAUUCCAAUCUCUGAAUCAACACAGAAAAUUCCCGGUCGAAAAAGUUUUGCUGUUAAUCAACUUGUUUUCAAAGCGAUUCUGCCUGCGCUUGGCUUUAGUACAUAUUAUUUUGAAAUCAAAGCUACUGAAAAAAAUAACAAUGAAAAACAAGUAGUCAUAACACAACAUAGCGAAUGUAUUCUUCAAAACGAAUAUCUUCGCGUUGAAAUUGAUUCUCAAGGAAAUCUAAAUAAGAUUACGAAUUUAAAAAAGAAAAUAUCUGUACCAUUUUCUAAUCAAGGUUUCUAUUGGUAUGGAAGUUUUCCGGGAAAUAAUUCUGGAUCAGAAUUUCAAGCAUCUGGUGCUUAUAUAUUUCGUCCGAUUUCAUCAAAUCCAGAACCAGUUAGCAGUAAACGUUCAAUAACUUGUAUCAAAGGACAAAAUGUUCAAUCAGCAACCAUCGUGUUCAACAAUUGGGCUAGUCAAGAAAUAAGUUUGUAUGAUGAUGCUAAAAUGGUCGAAGUCGAAUGGACUGUUGGACCUAUUCCAGUCGAUGAUAAUAUUGGAAAAGAAAUAAUUCUUCGCUACGAUACAGAUAUUCAAAGUGAAUCGAAAUUCUAUACUGAUGCAAACGGUCGUGAAGUUCUCGAACGUACACGAGAUUAUCGUCCGACAUGGAAUUAUUCAAAAGUUGAACUUAUCAGUGGAAAUUACUAUCCAAUAAAUAGUCGCAUUUGGAUCAAGGAAUCCAAUCGGCAAUUAACUGUUCUUACGGAUCGAUCCGAAGGUGGUGCUAGUAUACAAGAUGGAUCCAUUGAAGUUAUGUUACAUCGGCGUACAUUUUACGAUGAUGCACUUGGCGUUGAUGAACCAUUAAAUGAAACUGCUUUUGGCGCAGGUCUUGUUGUGCGCGGUAAACAUUUACUUAUCAUUGAAUCACCUGCAACAAGUGCUCUCUAUCAUCGAGUUGCUUCUCAACGAUUCUAUAUGAAUCCACUUGCUACUUAUGCAUUACCUCCCUUGCCCUAUGCGGACUAUUCAACGACAUAUCGUCAAACAUGGUCAGCAUUGCAAACUGAUUUACCAUUGAAUGUUCAUUUAUUGACAUUCGAUCAAAUCGAUGCAAAAAAAUAUUUGAUUCGCGUUGAAAAUUAUUUUGAAUUAAACGAAGAUGACACAUAUUCACAUCCAGUUAUAGUUGAUUUACAAAAGCUUUUUCAAUCUCAAGGAGUCAUAAGUGAUAUAGCUGAGAUGAUACUUACUGCUAAUUUACGAAUAACUGAUAUGAAACGACUUGAAUGGAUAACUAAUAAUAAUAGAUCAUCAAAAGUAGACGUUAAAAAAGACAUAUCAUUAAAAGAUUUAAAUAUUUUACUGAAUCCAAUGGAAAUUCGAACAUUCCUUGUAACAGUUGAAUAG